UUCCAAUCGCCAAAGAGCAGCUGGAAAAGCAGAGAGAGAGAGAGAGAGAGAAAGAGAGAGAGGGGGGAGAACGGAGAAGAAAGUCCAUUUAAGAAAAAGAAUCACUUCAGAAAGCUUGGCAUUGUUUGCAACACGGUAAUUAGAUUGCAAAAGCAAGCACGGAGGAAAAGAAAAGAAAAGAAAAGAAAAAGCAACAGUUACCCGGAGCGACUCUUCAGGCUGUCGGGAAGCAGGUUCUUUCCAGAAGAACGGAAAUUUCAUGCAGUGAAGUUUGAAGCUUUGAUGGCACAUCAAGUCGUCGCACUUUUCCGUCCGCGCCGGCGCAUCUCCGCGGCUCUUCUGUGACUCAACGGCGCGUAUUUUCUCCCCUUCCACCUUCUUAAAUUUACCUUUAACUUCGAGCCACCAUGCUGGACCCGUCCUCGAGCGAGGAGGAAGAUGAGGUGGUGGAGGAAGAGCGCAAAGCGGCGGCGGUGGCGGCUCCAAAGGCCCCCGGGAGCGCGCGGGUCUCAUCGAGCCGCUCCGGCCAGAGCGCGAGCGGCUUACAGCCCAGCCGCGGUGGCCACGCGCGGCCCUCCAGCCCCGGACCCGCGGCCACCGGCGACAAGGAGAAGGACGACGUGGAGAAGAUGCAGAGGGAGGAAGAGGAAAGAAAGAAGAGGCUGCAGCUCUACGUGUUCGUCAUGCGCUGCAUCGCGUACCCGUUCAACGCCAAGCAGCCCACAGACAUGGCGAGGCGGCAGCAGAAGAUCAGCAAACAGCAGCUUCAGGUAGUAAAGGAUCGCUUCCAGGCCUUCCUGAAUGGAGAGACACAGAUUGUGGCAGAUGAGGCAUUCAUCAAUGCUGUCCAGAGCUAUUACGAGGUGUUUCUGAAGAGUGACCGCGUUUCCCGCAUGGUCCAGAGUGGCGGCUGCUCGGCUAAUGAUUCACGCGAGGUCUUUAAGAAACACAUCGAGAAGCGUGUGCGAAGCUUACCCGAGAUCGAUGGCCUGAGCAAGGAGACGGUGCUUAGCUCCUGGAUGGCUAAGUUCGACACUAUCUACCGUGGCGAAGAGGAUCCCCGGAAGCACCAGCAGCGCAUCACGGCCAGCGCUGCCUCCGAGCUCAUCCUCAGCAAGGACCAGCUGUAUGAAAUGUUCCAACAGAUCCUUGGCAUCAAGAAAUUUGAGCAUCAGCUGCUCUACAAUGCCUGCCAGCUGGACAACCCAGAUGAGCAGGCUGCGCAGAUCAGACGAGAACUCGACGGGCGCCUUCAGAUGGCUGAUCAGAUAGCGAAAGCUGGUAAGUUCCCCAAAUUCGUGUCGAAGGACAUGGAGGCGCUGUACAUCGAGGAGCUGAAGUCGUCAGUGAACCUGCUCAUGGCCAAUCUGGAGAGCAUGCCUGUGUCUAAAGGAGGAGAGUUCAAGCUGCAGAAACUGAAGAGAGGCCACAACACGUCUAUCAUCGACAUGGGCCAGGAGGACGAGAACCAGCUCUCCAAGUCUGACGUGGUUCUUUCCUUUACGCUAGAGGUUGUGAUCAUGGAAGUUCAGGGUUUGAAGUCACUCGCUCCCAACCGCAUCGUCUACUGCACCAUGGAGGUAGAAGGAGGCCAGAAACUCCAGACUGACCAAGCCGAAGCCUCCAAACCCACUUGGGGAACUCAAGGAGAUUUCACCACCACACACCCGCUCCCUGCUGUCAAGGUGAAACUGUUCACUGAGAGUACCGGAGUGUUGGCACUGGAAGAUAAAGAGCUGGGACGGGUUGUUUUACAUCCGACUCCCAACAGCCCCAAGCAGUCCGAGUUACACAAGAUGACGGUGUCUAAAGGCUGCGCGGACAGCGACCUGAAGAUUAAACUUGCUGUACGCAUGGACAAACCUCAGAACAUGAAACACUGUGGAUACCUUUGGGCCAUCGGAAAAAACGUGUGGAAGAGGUGGAAGAAGAGGUUCUUUGUCUUGGUGCAGGUCAGUCAGUACACCUUCGCCAUGUGCAGCUACAGAGAGAAGAAGGCAGAACCUGUGGAGCUUCUCCAACUGGAUGGAUACACUGUGGACUACACCGACCCUCAGCCAGGUUUGGAUGGAGGCAGGGCUUUCUUUAACGCUGUGAAAGAAGGCGACACUGUGAUCUUUGCCAGCGAUGACGAGCAGGACCGGAUCCUGUGGGUUCAGGCCAUGUACAGAGCCACGGGCCAGUCGCACAAACCCAUCCCUCCUACACAGGUCCAAAAACUCAACGCUAAAGGAGGAACAGCACCGCAGCUGGACGCACCAAUCUCACAGUUCUACGCAGACCGUGCGCAGAAACAUGGCAUGGACGAGUUCAUCUCAGCGAAUCCCUGUAACUUUGAUCACGCCUCACUGUUCGAGAUGGUGCAGCGCCUCACGUUGGACCACAGACUAAACGACUCGUACUCCUGCCUGGGUUGGUUUAGUCCUGGUCAGGUGUUUGUGCUGGACGAGUACUGUGCCAGAAACGGUGUACGGGGUUGUCACAGACACCUGUGUUACCUGAGCGACUUGUUAGAGAGAGCUGAGAACGGAGCGAUGAUCGACCCCACGCUGCUUCACUACAGCUUUGCGUUUUGUGCUUCACACGUGCACGGCAACAGGCCUGAUGGAAUCGGCACCGUCACGGUGGAGGAACGCGGACGCUUCGAGGAGAUUAAAGAACGACUGCGAGUGUUGCUCGAAAACCAGAUCACACAUUUCAGGUACUGUUUUCCAUUUGGACGGCCAGAGGGAGCUCUGAAGGCUACACUCUCUCUGCUGGAGAGGGUGUUGAUGAAGGACAUCGUAACUCCAGUGCCCCAGGAGGAGGUGAAGGCCGUGAUCAGGAAAUGUCUGGAACAGGCGGCGUUGGUCAACUACCAGCGUUUGUCUGAGUAUGCCAAAGUGGAAGGGAAAAAGAGAGAAAUGUAUGAGCAUCCUGUCUACUGCUUGGCGUCACAAGUGAUGGAUUUAACCAUUCUUGAGAAAUCUCAGAAGGAUCAGAAGGAUCCAGAGAAUGUAGGCCGCUUAGUUACGCCUGCCAAAAAGCUGGAGGACACUCUCCGCCUGGCCGAGCUGGUCAUCGAGGUGCUGCAGCAGAAUGAGGAGCAUCACGCAGAGGCGUUUGCAUGGUGGUCUGACCUCAUGGUGGAACAUGCAGAGACGUUUCUGUCCCUCUACGCUGUGGACAUGGACGCAGCGCUGGAAGUCCAACCUCCAGACAGCUGGGACAGUUUUCCUCUCUUCCAGCUGCUCAAUGAUUAUCUGCGGCUCGACUAUAACCUGUGUAACGGGAAAUUCCACAAGCACCUGCAAGAUCUCUACGCGCCUCUAGUGGUGAGAUAUGUGGACCUGAUGGAGUCCUCCAUCGCCCAGUCUAUACACCGGGGCUUCGAGCGUGAGUCCUGGGAGCCUGUAAAGAGUUUAACAAGUAAUCUGCCCAAUGUCAGCCUUCCAAUUGUGAACCUCCAAAUGCCCAAAGUUCCAAAUCUACCGGUGUCAGUUAAUCUGCCACCAGUGCAAAUACCUCUCUUUUCCACCCCCAGCUGGAUGACGGCCAUAUCGGACGCAGAUAACGGUUCGGGGACGUCAGAGGAUCUGUUCUGGAAGCUGGACGCUCUGCAGACGUUCAUCAGAGACCUGCACUGGCCCGAGGAGGAGUUCGCUAAACACCUGGAGACGAGACUUAAACUCAUGUCCAGCGACAUGAUCGAGUCGUGCGUGAAAAGGACAAGAGUGGCGUUUGAAGUGAAGCUGCAGAAGAGCAGUCGGACCACAGACUUCCGCGUCCCUCAGUCCAUCUGCACCAUGUUUAACGUCAUGGUGGACGCCAGAGCCCAGUCUGCCAAACUGUGUGCCAUGGAGCUCGGCCAGGAGCGACAGUAUCACUCUCAAAUCGACAACCUCAUCGAGGAGACGGUGAAGGAGAUGAUUACUUUACUAGUGGCAAAGUUUGUGGUGAUUUUGGAGAGCGUUCUGGCCAAGCUAUCUCGUUACGAUGAGGGCACGCUGUUCUCCUCCUUCCUCUCAUUUACUGUCAAAGCCGCCUCAAAAUACGUGGAUGUACCUAAACCCGGCAUGGAUGUAGCCGACGCCUAUGUGGCGUUCGUCCGCCACUCUCAGGACGUCUUGCGGGAUAAGGUCAAUGAGGAGAUGUACAUAGAAAGAUUAUUUGAUCAAUGGUACACUAGCACGAUGAACCUACUGGGUACCUGGCUAACAGAUCGCAUGGACCUGCAGCUUCACCUGUACCAGCUGAAAAUCCUCAUUCGAAUUGUAAAGAAAAAAUACCGCGACUUCCGUCUGCAAGGCGUCUUAGACUCUACUCUGAACAGCAAAAUGUACGAGACGGUGAAGAACAGGCUGAUGCUGGAGGAGGCCACGGCGUCUGUGAGGGACGGAGGAAUGCAGGGCAUCUCCAUGAAGGACAGCGAUGAAGAAGAUACUUAGGCGCCACGUGGAGCGGCCAUGUUUGGUGUACUCUGCCGAAGCGAUGCAUGUACUCCGUUCGUCAUGCUUCCUUAAUAAUUUUUACUUUCAGGUCAUACGAUUGAUAAUGGGAGCCAAUGUUAAUUACUGAUAUGAGAAAAACAAAAAAAAUCUAUAUUUAAUGUCCGUCAGAAGAUUGUUGUAACAAACGGGGGGGAAAUCGACUUGAAAUUGGUGUUUUACAAGUAAUAAUGUCCAAACUGCGUUCCUAAAUGUUUCGAAGCAAUAUGGCGUACUACUUGUAAGCGAUGUUUUGCGUCAGAUGGUUAGGAAUGUAUGCCCUGUUGUGUCCCUGUUCAAUGCACACGUGUACGGCGCUUCUUAUGUGUACUGUAAAUAUAUGAAUGGUACAUAAUUGUGCAUAGUCUCCUUUGGAGUUUUUUUUUUCAACUGUAUGCCAAAUGAAUUGAUUAUGUUGUAUUUAUCUGGUUUGGGGUGUGUAAAGGUAGUGUUUAUAUUCCAUUUACACAAUAAUUGAAUAGUCAAUCAAUAAUCACAUUAUCUCUGGUACCACAAGCCAUCUGGAACGGCCAUCUUUUUUUUUAAUGAGUUAGUAGAUAUUUUAGAAAUGCAAUAUUAACUACAUUAUGAUAUACUUUGACUAAUACGGACAAUACAUUUAUGUUUUACGUCAUUUUGUGAUUUAUAAAUAUGCUUUUUACAUAUUUUCUCUAUUAGCGAGUAUGUAAUCUAAAGCCUCACUUUUCAUACCAUUCCUGCAAAUGAUUUUUUUUUCUACCUUGCUCUCAGCAUUGUUGCUUUUCAUCAUAUCUGAUGCUGUGUAUUGCCCUUGGUGCAGAAGGUCAUCCAUGUUAUCUAAAAAAAAAUAUAUAUAUAUAUAUAUAUAUAUAUAUAUAUAUAUAUAUAUAUAUAUACACAUAUAAAUAAACAUCCAAAGAGCUCUGAAUUUUGUGGAAUGACAGAUUCAUCCUACGUUUGCCUCAUGUAUGUUCAAAAAGAAAAAAAAACCUAGUAGCUAAAUUAAAAUGUUCAUGCACAGAUUUGGGUCUUAUCAUUUUUUUCUGUUAAAUAUGCCUCGGUAUAUGUUACUUGUUAAAAAGCAAAGAGAAGGAGAUUCACCUUGGAUAGAUGUCAUUGUAUUGUAAAAUGUGUAUUGUAAAAUUGUGAAGUAUGAACGUGCCCAAUGUCUACUCAGCAUCUUCAUCAUCAACUCUUCACUCUUAAAGAAGUCUGAAGUUGGGACAGCGGGAUUAAAUCCGAGCUCGCAAGCGGAUUGGAAGAAUGGCUAAAGAUGAUACGCCCUCCACUCCACUCGCAGAUCACCUCACACAGAUUAAAAUCAUUCUCCUAGCAUUUCAGAAACAAAUCUGUCCAUCCUGAAGAUGAAGGAACAAAGGGGUGGUGGGAUUAGACUGAGCAAUGCCCUAUAAACCCAAGGAGGAUGGGAUGACUUAAUUAUUUCAUACAGAGGUCAAAAACCAAAUCCUUCCUGUAAGGGCAGAGAGCUAGAAAAACAAAAAUAACAAAAAUCUGUUGUACAAAUACAGAGCACAAGAACAAUAUCUCAACAAUGUCUAAAUACUUAGGUGUCAAUCAGACUGACCCAAAGAAGCUUAAAAAGGUGCCAUUUGUGUUUCAUAUAAAUAAAUUGCAACAUUAAUAAAACCUAAUAAAAUCUACAGCCCCACUAUAACUACACUUUACUUUGAAGUAUAAUCAUGAAAUUCUUCACAAAUCGUAUUAAUUUUCCAUUAAAGUGUGAAUCUGAUGCAUGCGCUUUCACAAAUUGUCCAUUUUAGGAUAUGAAAAAUGUACAUUUUUGUUCAUUCACUCAACCCUGUUACCUUCACACCUAUGAAAUAUUUGGAAUAUUCCAUCAGUCACAAGUAGCAUGUUCAACAGGAUGUCACUUCAUCUGAAUUUCCUGAAGAUCAUGAGAAGAAGAAAAGUUCUACUUAUUUUUUCUUACUUCUUUCUUUAAACAUUCUCCUUAUUGUUUCUUUUUCUUUACAUUUUGAUACUGACUGAUGUGAUCACUUUGAAUGUACAACCUUCUUACUCAAACUAUCAUUA